AUGGUUGCUCUCUCUUCUCUCCUCGUCGCUGCCUCUGCGGCGGCCGUGGCCGUGGCUGCGCCGAGCGAGGCCCUCCAGAAGCGCCAGACGCUCACGAGCAGCCAGACGGGCUUCCACGACGGCUUUUACUACUCCUUCUGGACCGACGGUGCCGGCAACGUCCGGUACACGAACGAGGCCGGCGGCCGGUACAGUGUCACCUGGUCCGGCAACAACGGCAACUGGGUUGGCGGCAAGGGCUGGAACCCGGGGGCUGCUCGCAACAUCAGCUUCACGGGGCAGUAUAACCCCAACGGCAACUCGUACCUGGCCGUGUACGGGUGGACGCGCAACCCGCUGAUCGAGUACUACAUCGUCGAGAACUUCGGCACGUACGACCCGUCGACGGGGGCGCAGCGGCUCGGCAGCAUCACGGUGGACGGGUCGACGUACAACAUCCUCAAGACGACGCGGGUCAACCAGCCGUCCAUCGAGGGCACCAGCACCUUUGACCAGUUCUGGUCCGUCCGGACCAACAAGCGCAGCAGCGGCUCCGUCAACGUCAAGGCUCACUUCGACGCUUGGGCCCAGGCCGGCCUCCGCCUGGGCACCCACGACUACCAGAUCAUGGCCACCGAGGGCUACUUCUCGAGCGGCUCCGCCACCAUCACCGUCGGCGAGGGCACCAGCAGCGGCGGCGGCGGCGACAAUGGCGGCGGCAACAACGGCGGCGGCGGCAACACCGGCACCUGCAGCGCCCUGUACGGCCAGUGCGGUGGCCAGGGGUGGACGGGCCCGACUUGCUGCUCCCAGGGAACCUGCCGCGUCUCCAACCAGUGGUACUCGCAGUGCUUGUAA